UGCUCAGUCGGUUUCCCGUCCCCCGGCCCUCGCUUUCGUUCCCCUCUCCUCUCCUCCCCCUUCGUCACCCGCAGCUUCGGGACCGCACCGUGAGGCGUGAGACAUCGCCGCCUCUGCCCAAACGGUCACCAUCGCCGCCGCCUCACAUACCCGAGACCGACGCAGCUGAACAACAUUUGCAAGAAUGACAACUGCCGCAAGACCAACCUGGGCUCCAGCAAAGGGUGGUAAUGAGCAAGGGGGAACUCGAAUUUUUGGCCCUUCUCAGAAGUACUCAUCCAGGGACCUCGCCUCACAUACAACUCUAAAGCCACGGAAAGAGGGCCAAGGUACUCAAGAUGAGAUACAAAAGAGGAACCUCAGAGAAGAGCUAGAAGAGCGUGAGAGGAGACAUUUUUCAUCUAAGGACAAGGGCUUCUUUGAGGAUAGAGACAGACGGAGAGGAACGAGUGCUGGCCACUUUCUGGAAGGGCCAAAGCGAGAUGCUGAAGAGAGGCUUGUUCCACGUAAUGUAGAUGCUGACGACUCCGAUGUUGAUGUAAAAAGUGGAGAUGAAAGUGAUGACGAUGACGAUGAUGAUGAUGAUGCUGAAGCACUUAUGGCAGAGCUUGAAAAAAUAAGGAAAGAAAGAGCGGAAGAGAAGCUUAGGAAGGAGCAACAAAAGCGAGAAGAGGAACUGAAGGCCAAAGAAGCAGAGUUGAUCCGUGGGAAUCCUUUGCUUAACCCUACUACUUCUUUCAAUGUCAAACGGAGGUGGGAUGACGAUGUCGUUUUCAAGAAUCAGACUCGUGGUGAAACCAAGACUCCCAAGCGGUUCAUUAACGACACCAUCAGGAACGACUUCCACCGAAAGUUCCUGCAUAAGUACAUGAAGUAACCAGUCAAAUGGACGCGGCUCUACGUCUGAAAGUUUGCUGCAUGGGUUAUCAUAAUCAGUCUUCCUGUUAUCAUGCACUUGGACUCCAGUUUUCUUCUGUAUAUCAAUGUGAAACACGACCAGCGGCAUCCUUCCCCUUGUGUUAUGUUCACUUGUAUCCUAUUAUUGGGAUUGCACCAGUGGUGAUGUGUUCUGGAGAUCUUUUGUGGAUGUAUUCUGGAGAUCUUUUGUGGAUUGGCAACAUGACAGAUAGCCAAUGUACGCAAAACUGAAUAGAUCGUUGCGACCUGAACUGAUGAAUCCUUCUUGUUUGAAUAUCUAAAGAAAGCUUUUAUGAUCAA